GGACCGCAAGCGACAAGGUCCAGAACCCAACCUUUUUGAACCGCCGAACUCGGCUCUGUUGGUUUUCGACGUCAUUCGCAAAUGCAUCAUAUGUCUCCGCUGACAUAUCGUUCAUUAGACCACAGUCAAAGAUCGACCAGCUACCAUCGAAGUCGCUGGCUCGUUUCACGAUACGGCAAUUGAUUGGGAUGUAUGUCUUCUUCGCGUUGAUAUAAGCAACGAUAGGGCGGACCAAUGCCUGAUUGACGUAUGACAUAUCCUUGGUGAAGAGAGGAACUGCAGCUUUGACAUCGUUCAUGGAGAUACGGAGGUCCAUGAUGAGGUAGCGACGCUCAUCAUCACUUGUCUGCGGCUCGACGGGUGGCUCUUCGCCGUGGAUAUCUCCAGCUGAGUCUGAAAGGUGCCCUGAUGUAAGAAGAGCAGGGCCUUGCUCUUGGAUGUUGCGCAUGAAGCGGUGCCUAUUUGUGUCGACGAUUUCUUCAAGCUGAUCGUAGAAGUCGGCCAUGACCUUGGUGAUGCUCUCGUCGGUGUCAGCGGGAAACAUGACAUCAGCAACAAUAUCGACAUUCCCUUCGUAUAUCCAGCCAAAAGGCCCCUCAACACCGCGGUUGAGAUGGUCUAUCUUCAAACCAUCAAUUCGGAGCCGACUGAACUUUUUCCACGCCUUGGGAUCACCAAAACCAACGGAAGCUUCUGGGUCACCAUUACCACUGGGUACCACGCCGUGGACUUGUCGGGGAUGGAUCGUAAACAGAGAACCAUCGUAAGACCCUGACAUGUGGUUGGCCGAAAGGAAAUCAUAAAAUAGCCAUUGCUUGCGAAGCUGGGGCAGCUCGCAAGAGAAGAUGCUGAUAGAGAAUGGCCGGAACCCGCCUGGUUGAUGAACGGUGAGUAAUAGGUCCUCCAUUUUGAACUUUUCGAUCUCGAAAUCUCCUGGUUGGUGCUUGUGACGAUAUGACAGAGGAUCAACCUCCUCGGCUGGCCAUGUCACUGAAGUUCGGUCAAUGACACCGCGAACACCCUUGAUUUCAACAUCUUUCAACAGUCCUUUGCCAUUCCACCAGUUCAAGAAUGACAACGUGACAUUGACCGUUGAAAGAGUGACGUCAAAUUGAGUGUAGUUUCCAUCGUCCUCAGUUUCAGACGUUCCCACGAAAUCUGCUUUGCGGCCAGCGGCAGCCUCGGCGGCAGCAUCUGACGAGCCUUUGCUUACGGACGAGACGUCGCCUUGGCCAGGUCGUCGGGACACAAAAACGUUGCGGAAAGAGAUAACAUUAUCACGCCACUUGGGGACAAUAGCAGACUCGAAAACAACGGUAACGCCAGCAGACUGUGUCAAAUAGUCACCUACCCAUUGCGCGAGUGUUUCUGGUGUACGUUAGCAUGUAGAUUCUUGGUGCGAAACACACUUCCAUACCUUGCGCAACAACAGUGUUGAUUGACAAAAUGAUCAGGGAGAAGAAUGUGGUUGUGCCGACGAUGAUCCAAGCGAGGUGGCCGAAAAGAAACCAUGAAACAAAAGCACCCCAUUCAUCAAUAUUCCACGGCCUCAUACUUCUAAUCGACACCCAUUUUAGACGAACCUUGAGACGCUGCCAAAAGCCGUUGGCGGCCUCGAGCAGUUCCUCUUUGGUUGGCCGAUGGGGCAUUCUCGGCAGGUGUAGAUAGGACAUGUAAGAGACUGGCUCAGAAUCCGGCCCUGUAGGGUCUUGUUUCCUGGGUUGGCUGAGAGCAUUUUUGCUUGUUUCGUUCAAUGUCGAAGCCUUGACCCUUUUCAGAUCUUCUGUUGUUUUAGCUGGUGUGGGGGAAACAUCCGUGAUAUCCUUGCCGCAAGAGCAUUUUGACCCAUUACCUUGACCACUACCACUACCACUGUACAAUCGUCGCUGUUGCCAGGGCUUCGAUGACCAAUAUGCCCAGUGGGAUAUUUUACGAGUUGAGGUGUGCGUUGUAAGAGGGGUUAUUCGCUCGGAAACAGAUGUUCGAGUUUGAAUUGCAUGGCGCAAUGAAAAGGCUGGCGUGACAGGCAACAAGGCAUUGUCUGAGAUUGGAUCAAAAGUCUGAUAUUUUCGGUGGGAAUGAAGAAAUCGAGUAUUUGAGAGCACGACCGUCGCCGGUAAAAAUGACCACUUCCGACUGAUUUCUCCAAGAGGACGUAUGGUAGCCGAAGAGACUGUUGCUGGAGAAGAAUUGAAGCAGAGACCAAAGCAACGCCCGAUCAGAGGAGAGGGGAUACCCUUGGCCAUCAUUCCAGCAUCAUGGUGCCUAACUAAAAAAAACAAGACGACACCGAGAACGUAAAUUAGGCGAAGUCAAAGCAAAAACGGACUGCGUUGUUGUAGUUUCUAGGGAAAAAGCCCUACGGAGGAGGAGUUGGUCGGCGUUAAUGAACGACAGAUUCCGUCACUGCAAAUGCUAACCAAAGCUGCACUUCCAUGGUUUCUGGUUGGAAAAGUCACUCCAUGACGCGCCUCCACUGGCUACUGGAGGCAGAAGACCAAUCGAUAAGCUACGAUAAGCCACACAAAUUUUUGAUCAGUUUGCUCGAAAGUCAACGCCCCCACCAAACCAACCUCUGAUACCCUUAGAACUGUGUGAAUUUGACUCGGACGAAUUUUUUGCGACCAAAGUUUCAACAUAUAUACUUGCCUCGAGAACAGCCCUAUAACCCCAUUGCAAGAGGAUUGUCGCAAAGCAAAGCCACUCACUCACUCAUUAUCCACGAUGCCUGCGCCGACCGCUUUGAAGAACGCAGAGGAUGCCCCGCCCGCUGUGGACGUUUCGCUCCCAGUUGAAGGUAUGAAAAGAAGAAAAAUCUGAAACAAGAGAGUCGUGGAAACAUAAUCUGAUUUUGGUUCAGAGAACGACGAGGAGUUCCUUUUAGAUGCGCCUGACGCCCUUCCUACCGAUGUGAAUGUUCUUGUGCCGGUGGAGGAGAGCAAUGAGAAUGGAAUGGCUAUCGAUGAGGAAGGACGGCCUCGAUUUGCGCCCGCCAGAGAUAUUGACCCAGUUACCCGGGUGGAAACUCGCAAGAUUCCUAUUCCUCCUCACCGAAUGACACCUUUAAAACAGUCAUGGACUUCUAUCUACCCUCCUCUGGUCGAGCACCUCAAGCUACAAUGUCGAAUGAACAUCAAGCGAAAGACAGUCGAGCUGCGAUCAUCGAAGCAUACCACUGAUACUGGGGCACUGCAAAAAGGAGAAGAUUUCGUCAAGGCGUUCACUCUCGGGUUUGACGUGGACGAUGCCAUCGCGCUGCUGCGACUCGACGACCUCUACAUCCAAACUUUCGAGAUUAAGGAUGUGCGAACAAUGCACGGCGACAGCCAAGCUCGUGCCAUUGGACGAAUUGCUGGAAAGGAUGGAAAGACCAAGUUUGCUAUAGAGAACGCCAGUAGAACCCGAAUCGUGCUUGCUGAUUCAAAGAUUCACAUCCUGGGUGGAUUCAAGAACAUCCACCUUGCUCGGGAGUCAGUUGUGAGCCUGAUUCUCGGCAAGCCGCCUGGCAAGGUAUACGGUAACCUCCGAACGGUUGCGGCACGAAUGAAGGAGCGCUUCUAAGUGACGGAAGCUGAGGAUAGACUUGGGUUGCUACAUACGGCGUUACGGGUGGGCAGCAUUAUGAUCUUGAAUUAUGUGAACAAGGAUUAUUCAAUUAAAAAUGGGAGGCUGUCAUAGCAUGUCGAUAACGAUAAAACAUUGAGAUGAAUCGAUUUGUCGCUUCGUGGAUACCCACCUAUACCCACAGGCCAGCAACGCAUGAUAAUUGUUUCGGGCUAAUUGUAGACUGCCAGUUGUGGUUGUAGUCAGAUCAUAUUUGAUACAUUGCAUUAAUAUCGCG